AUGGCACCUGUCAACACGUCGGUGGCACAGGCGCUGCAGCUGAACAACCGAGAGUGGCCAAUGCUGACCUCGGAGCCCGAAUGGGAGUUGGUAAGCAGCUCUGCCAAAGAGAUGGCAUUUGACGAGUUCCCUGUAGAUGAGACAGAGACUCCAUCUUGGGCUGCUCGUCUAUGCGCUCAGAAGGACAAGAUGACCAAGCCUCACAAAAAGAUUGCCGCGAAUCAAGCUCUCAGAGACGAUAAAGUGGCCUCCUCGGAAUCCUGCCGGCAGGUGACUGAGGAACGCUUCGAGGAUAAUGAUGAUUGUUGCUACCCAGACGCAAAACAGCUUGCCCGUGAAAGUCAUUGCCGCCAAACCGGCAAGGGAGGACGCCAUACCAUGCGUGCUAAAGGCCAUUGUCCCGUUCGAAAGAAUUCGGAAGUGUCAGUCGUAGCAGCUUGCGGUGCUCAUCCACAGGAUGUUUCCCAACUGGCCAAUAUCUUGCGGCAAGUUCCUGUGCGUGAGGUGGUCAAGCAAGUCGGGGGAGCUUGCCAGGAAGUGAAAACCAGCGAGGGAAGGCAUGCCCUCCUCGGUAGUGCCAAAGUGUACGAUGUCACUGUGCCUGUGACGGGUCCUACAGAUGACAUUGAUGUCACCUACCGUGUCAUUGAGGAGGUUCGUGGUGGAGCAAAUCGAUCAACCCGCAAUCCCAAGUGCAGCGCCAGCCACACCACGGAAUCGUUUCAGUCACGGAGCAAAGUACCAGAGUGCCCGCAGACCAGGAAGCAGCAGACGUGCAAGAAAGACAUCCAGGAGGGCAUGAACAUCAUGGGCUUCGCUUGA